CAAAGCACCCCUCAACUUUCCAUUCCAUUUUCUCGCCUCCCAAACACCCCCGCCUUCGAAUACGUCUCUCCCCCCCCCCCUCUCUCUCUCUCUCUCGCUCGCUCGAUCGACCGGAAAUGGCGAUAGACUCGAGAGUCUGCGUGGUGAUCGGAGGCAAAGGCUUCGUCGGAAGGUCCCUCGUCGGAAGGCUUCUGAAGGUCCGCGAUUGGGUGGUCCGAAUCGCUGAUUCCGCUCAGUCUCUCCAACUCGAUCCCUCCGCCGACCAGGACACCGACCUAGCCGAAGCCCUCGCUGCCGGUCGCCUUUCCUAUUUCCACGUCGAUGUUCGCGACAAACAUCAAAUCAUUAGAGCUGUUGAAGGUUCCUCUGUUGUUUUUCAUGUGGAGACUUCUACCACACCCACACAGGAUUUCUAUGUUUGCUACACACUUGUUGUUCAAGGUGCAAAAAACAUCAUCAAUGCUUGCCGAGAAUGCAAAGUUAAACGGCUAAUAUACAGCAGUUCUGCAGAUGUGGUUUUUGAUGGUUCACACGAUAUACAUAAUGGAGAUGAGUCCUUGCCAUAUGCUUGGAAAUUCGAGGAUAUGCUGAGUGACCUAAAGGCACAAGCAGAGGCACUGAUCCUGUUUGCAAAUGAUAUUGAUGGCCUUCUGACAUGUGUACUUCGUCCUAGCAAUGUAUUUGGACCUGGGGACACAGAAAUUAUUCCUUUCAUAGUGAAUCAUGCAAAAUAUGGCUGGUCAAAGUUUAUUAUAGGAAGUGGUGAAAACAUGUCUGACUUUACCUAUGUGGAGAAUGUUGCCCAUGCUCUUAUCUGUGCAGAAGAAGCUUUGAGUUCUCGAAUGGUUUCUGUGUCUGGGAAGGUAUUUUUCAUCACAAAUCUUGACUCAAUAAAGUUCUGGGACUUUAUAUCUCUAGUAUUGGAAGGCUUGGGCUACCAAAGGGCUAUGAUAAAAAUUCCAUCAAGAUUGGUUUGGUAUGUUGUUUUGUUCAUUAAAUGGAUGGAUGCAAGGAUGGACUCCAGAAGGCUUUUUAAGAAGUAUCCCUUAGUUCAUAAGUUUGUUCAACUAGCCUUGCGCACAAGAACUUUUAACUGCUCUGCAGCUCAAGCACAUCUUGGAUACUCACCAGUCGUAUCCUUGGAAGAAGGUAUCAUGUUCACCAUCCAAUCAUUUUCUCACUUAGCCAGUGACAAAACCUUUUCAAGGGACAGUGAAUUUGAUGAACCUUCAAAAGUGGAUAAGCUUUUAGGCAGUGGGAAAGUUGCGGACAUUCUUCUGUGGAGGGAUGACAGGAAAUCAUUUGCGUGUUUUCUUGUUCUGCUUCUGCUGUAUUACUGGUUUUUCUUUUCUGGAAGAACAUUUGUCUCUUCUGCAGCUCUGCUUCUUUUGGUCAUUACAGUUUCAGUAUCUGGAUAUGGAAUUUUGUCAACAAAUAUAUUCGGUUUCAAUCAGAGGAUAUCUUUAUCUUGUUUUGAGAUCUCAGAAGUGGAUAUGAUGAACUUAGUUAAAACCAUAACAAUCAUGUGGAACAAAGCGGUUCAUGUCACAAGAGCACUGGCCCAAGGAGAGGACUGGAAUCUUUUCUUCAAGGUGGCUGGUUCCCUCUAUAUUCUCAAGUGGAUAGUGUCCUACUACUUAACAGCAGCAAUUGGCAUAGGGCUGGCCCUGGCAUUCACUGCAUUAUGUGUUUACGAGCAAUACGAAGAGGUAAUUGAUGGAAUUGCAAAGUUCUUCUUCUAUGCUAUGAAGGAAGCCCUAACACUUUUGGUGAAGAAUCUACCCAUCUCGGUACCCUCGCUUUCGCACAACUCUAACGCUUGGCAAGCAGAUAAAAGGCCUCCUCUAGGGUCGGAUUAACGACAAUAAAAGGCCUCCUCCAGGGUUGGAUUAAAGACAAAGGGGAGGGUUUCGACAAAAUUUUAGUUCCAAGUGUAGAUAUUCGAUGUGCGAACCGGUUGAAAUUCUUGUACAAGCUUUUUAAACUUCCAUUUUACUUGAUGAA